AUGCUGCUGAAUUUACAGCGCUACAGCAUCGAAAUCCAUUUUGUGACUGGAAAGGACAACGUAGUGGCAGAUGCCAUAUCUCGUGCACCGUAUAACUCCGAUAGUGAAGCCGAUUCUUUCAACAAAGGAAGAAUUUUCCAAGUCUUUAAACAGGUAGAAGAUUGUAAACUCACAAGCUACCUUAGUAUCUCCGACCAAUGCCUGGGAUCAGUUAUGGAGGCAACGCAACAAGAUUUUACCUUAAAUUCUGUUAGAGAUUAUAUUUUUAAUGGAUGGCCGAAAAACAUCAAACUUGUUCAUGAUGCGGUUAAGUUAUAUUACAAAUAUCGCAAUGAACUAUCGACGCAAGAUGGCCUCGUGUUUAGAAACGACAGAUUAGUCAUUCCCAAAUCGUUGCAACGUACGAUGAUAGAUCGGGUCCAUAUUAGUCACAACGGAAUAGAAUCUACCCUUAAGUUGGCCCGAGAAAACAUUUUUUGGCCUGGAAUGAGCGCUAUGAUAACAGAUGUUGUUAAAGACUGUGCAGUUUGUGCAAAGUUUUCUUCGAGUCAACAGAAACCUCCUAUGCAAAGUCAUGCUGUCCCUAUUUAUCCUUUCCAAGUUGUAUCCCUCGACAUAUUUUUUGCCGAUUUUCGAGGACGAAAGCGAAACUUUCUUGUAACAGUAGACCAUUACUCCGAUUUUAUAGAGCUAAACUUACUGAAAGAUAUGUCUGCUAGAACGUUAAUCGAAACUUGUCAGAUGAACUUCGCUAGAUAUGGGAUCCCUCAACAGAUUGUAUCUGACAAUGGUACCAACCUAGUUAAUGAGGAGAUGAGAAAUUUCGCUAAAGCUUGGAAUUUUGAACAUACAACAUCUGCCCCGAAUCACCAGCAAGCAAAUGGCAAAGCGGAGGCUGCCGUCAAGAUAAUGAAACGUCUAAUUCAAAAAUGUGAAGAAACGGGAGAAAACCUUUGGUAUUCUGUGUUGCAUUGGCGGAAUACACCGAAUAAGAUCGGAAGCAGUCCUGUGAACAGGCUUUUCUCACGAAGCACACGAUGUGGAGUACCAGCUUCUGUUGAGAAAUAUUUUCCGAAAGUGGUAGAUCAUGUCCCAGAGGCUAUUUUGGAAAACGGAAAGAAGGCCAAAUAUUAUUACGAUCGCAAAGCUCGAGAACUACCAACAUUCGAAGCCGGGUCGCCUGUGUAUGUCCAAUUACACCCGGAAAUGAAUAAGACGUGGACUCCAGCGGUUGUUAAACACAAGCUUAACGAAAGAUCUUAUCUUUUGAACACGAAUGGAGGCUGUUAUCGUCGAGACCUUGUAAACAUCAAGCCGCGUAAUGAACCAGAAGUAAGCGCCCAGAUCAACGACCAUCCUACCAUACAACCGAAAUCCCAUCACGAUGAUGUUGUAGACCCCGGUUUAACAGUGAGUGGUGACCAAUCUGUAGCUGAAUUACCAUCGUUACCAACACCCGAGGCUUCAAGGAUCGAGACGCCGUCAACAACAAAAACACACGAUAGGCGUGCCAGCUCAUCAGCUAUGGAAACAUCAACGGAAUCGCCAAAGGCUGAUAGACCGAGACGAGAACGAAGACUACCGUUUAAAUUUCGAGACUACGUAAUCGAGAAGGAUUCUUUUUAG